GGCUCCAUCCCGCUGCUAUAGCACGUGACCUUAGGGGUGGUGGUGUGGUACACUUCUGUGGACUCUGGGCUGUUUUUCUGUGUUCACAGUUUGGUGUUGCUUCUGUCAUGGCUCAGGACAAUCUGUCCGUGGUGCUACAUGCUCAGGGAGACCUCAGGCUGGAAAAUCGUCCAAUUCCAGAGCCAGGACCAAAUGAUGUUUUGCUCCAGAUGCACUCUGUAGGAAUCUGUGGCUCAGAUGUACACUACUGGCAGCACGGGCGAAUUGGAGACUAUGUGCUCAAAAACCCAAUGGUGCUGGGGCACGAAGCUGCAGGACGUGUGCUGAAGGUCGGAUCAGGGGUCACACACCUUAAAGCAGGUGACAGAGUGGCUAUUGAGCCUGGUGUCCCCCGUGAGAUGGACGAGUUCUUCAAAAACGGACGCUAUAACUUGUCUCCUACCAUCUUCUUCUGCGCCACGCCUCCUGACGAUGGAAACUUGUGCCGAUAUUACACACACAAUGCCAACUUCUGUUACAAGUUACCGGAUAACGUCACAUUUGAGGAGGGGGCUCUCAUCGAACCUCUCUCCGUGGGGAUCCAUGCAUGUCGCCGGGCCGGUGUCACUCUUGGCAGCACUGUGCUCAUCUGUGGUGCAGGACCUAUUGGAUUGGUCAGCUUGCUGGCUGCCAAGGCGAUGGGAGCCUCGCAGGUCAUCAUCACUGAUUUGUCUGCAGAGCGUCUGAUGAUGGCCAAAGAACUGGGAGCAGACUUCCAGCUGACAGUGAAGAGAGAAGAUGGAGCCCUUCAGCUGGCUCAAAAAGUCGAGGACACGUUGGGAGCUCGGCCUCAAAUCACUAUUGAAUGCACCGGUGUCGAGAGCUGCGUCCAAACAGCCAUCUAUGCAACCCAGUCUGGAGGUGUGGUGGUGCUGGUGGGUCUCGGUGCCGUUAUGUGCACUGUUCCUCUCAUCAACGCUGCUGUAAGAGAGGUGGACAUCAGAGGGGUCUUCCGCUACUGCAACACCUGGCCAAUGGCGAUCUCCAUGUUGGCGUCAGGUAAAGUGAACGUGAAGCCUCUUGUGACCCAUCGCUUUCCCCUGGAACAGGCUGUCCAGGCCUUUGAGACGACGCGUCAAGGCCUUGGGAUAAAAGUCAUGUUAAAGUGUGACAAAAAUGACCAGAACCCUUGAACCGACCCCCCACUGUCGCAGCAGAGAUCGACAGCAUGACGACCGACACGAACUGGACUCUGAUCUCAGAAAGAUAACAGAACAAGUUCAAAGGAACAGGCUGUGGGAGACCUCCUGUUUAUUUUCACACGUAGCUGGUUAUGUUGGUAAUUUUCAUAAUUUCUUUUACUGACUGUAUAAAAAUGAAAACAAAGUAGAAUAAAAUAAUAUUAAAACUUUUGCAUGAAAAA